AUGAUGGGCAUGGACUCACACUUCAGGUACCUGGACACAUCGUUGGUGAUGACUGCUUUUCGGAAUUCGCGGCAUCGUGUUUUCUUUUUUGAUUGCGAGGGGACCCUGGCCCCUGACCAGAGGAGACUGGCGAUGAUGCAAAAAAACGGAGAAGAGUUGUUUGCUGCUGGGCGGCCCCCAUCCCCGCAGGUGCAGCGCUGUCUCCAAGCUCUCUUAAAAAACCCUAAAAAUACAGUUGUUAUACUCAGCGGCAGAGACAAAACCCUACUACAGGAGUGGUUUAUAGAUGUAAAGGGAAUAGGUUUAUGUGCCGAACACGGGUAUUACUAUCGUCUAGAUAAGAUAACUGGGGACGAAUGGGGCUGCAUGUGCCCCGAUGCGGACUUUACGUGGAAAUCUGUUGCUGUUGAGUUGAUGCUGCAGUAUGUUAAGAGAACGCAGGGAUCCUUCAUAGAAAAUAAAGGUAGCGCGCUGGUGUUUCAGUAUAGAGACGCAGACCCAGACUUUGGGCAGCUCCAGGCCAAGGACCUCUCCAGCCACCUCAGCGAGUUGCUGUUUGGGUACCCCGUGACGGUGGUGAGCGGCAAGGGCUAUGUGGAGGUGAAGCUGCUGGGUGUUAAUAAAGGAAAAGCAGUAGAGAGGAUACUACAGACCCUCUCUACGCUGCAUGGAGACAUAGAUUUUGUCUUUUGUAUUGGCGAUGAUAGGUAA